UGACUGGACGGUUCUCUGUCCCGCGCAAGAGGCGGGAGCCUUAUAGCCAAUCCUUGUUCAGGAGGCGGUGCUUGUCAGAAUGUUCUUUUCACUAGGAAACGGCUAAAACGUAAACACUGGGCCAGCAGGCAGCAUAUUAAGGCACUUUAUACAAUGGAAAACUAUGACGAAUUUAUCCGAAGACAAGCCAUCCACAUACGGAGGAAUGUUGGUGAAAAGCCUGAACGACGAAUCAGCCAGACAUCGAUGAUCAGGUUUUACGGCUUGCCCAUUCUGCCUCCUCUGCUGAACAAAGACCAGAAGGAAGAAAUGCAAAGCCUGAGAGAAUCAGUCUCUGAUCUUACAAAUAAGAGGAAAACAUCGUCACUGUCUUAUGUACAGACCAUACUAGAGAGUAUUCGGCUGCAAAAUGUUUCAACCAUUGAAGAGUUUAAGGAUGAGAUAGGACUAGAAAAUCCAAUGAACAAUAAAUUCCAAAGCAUCACUCGCCUCACUGGAGGUAACAAUGAGUAUAAUAAAGCUACUGAAAGCCACUGGAAUUCAUCGUCCUUACCUUUCAGUCAACAAAUGCUUAGCGAGAUGGAAAGUCACCCGCUCACAUCUACAGCUUGCGAUGGUCAUAAGGCUAUAAGCCUUAGACCUUUUGACAGAGAGGAUUCUUUAGAGAGCUGCCACACUACUGUUCUGUUUGAAGGUUUUCCUAUGUUUGGUCACAGGCUGGAGAAAGCUGUGGAGAUGAACACAGGUUAUGGAUAUGACUCUUCCUCACUUUCUAUUUCAGUGGAUCAUUCUCUUAUAGAUGCUAGCCACCAAAGGUUAUCAUCUGGAUAUGUGACAAAUGAAACCCACAACAUCACCCCUAGCUGGAUUAACAGGACGGAACACAUCAGAAAAGAUCCAGAGGGCAGACAGUCACAUGGUGGUGAAGUGAUAUUAAAUUCUUCAAACAUCUCUAAUAGGACUGGUGACAUCAUCAGCCACACUCCAGUAGAUGGAGAGGUCUGUGAGGAGGAGUAUGUAGUUUUGAACAAUGGACAGAUCAAUGAGCUUAUAGAGCCAGUAAAUUUAGCAGUGGUGCCAGAGCCGUCCGAAGGACCUUACCGCAUGAGUCUGCAAAAUCUUUUGAAGAAAUCUCAAGAGCACAGGAGGCGUCAGCGCCUCCUGCGUAACCAGGCAAAAGCUUUGAAAGCCAGUGAAGCUGGACCUGCCACUGAACACAGUCACUCUGAUAAGGAAAACGAGGGAUUGCUGCCAGGGGACAAUGGGCAGGCUGAGGUCAAGAGAACAAGUGAGAACCAGGUGGAGGAUCAUUUAGCAGAUCAAGAUCUCCUGACACACAAACAAGAUGGAGAGAGAGAGAGUAUAGAGCCUCGUGAAGUCAUCUACCAAGGCACAGAUUUCCUUAAUUUCACUCCAGCCUCAAACAGCACAGGGAGUUCAAAUGGAAAAACGUCACCUUCCUCAAACUGUCCAAAUAUAGCCGUCAGUCCCACUCAGUCUACUUCAGCAAAAUCUCUGUACCAGUCCAGGGGCAAGAAAAUGGGCAGCAUGCUGCCCAGACCUUGCUUAACAGGAAACAAAAAAUUUAAGAAUAUUCCUGCUCUAAAGAUGUGCUUAAGCCCAGCGCGCAGUAAAAAAAGCAGUCCCACAUCUGUCUUAGUCAAAAAAAACCUGGUCAAAGUGCCUGUCUGUGUGGAUGAUGAAACAAGACUCAAUCCAUGUGGGCAAAAAAAAAGCAGACCUGUGGGUCUCCUGCCAGGGGCUGAGGGAGUUGUGCCUGUGUGCAAGAGCAUGGAUCAGGCCAAACAGAUCGCUCAGCUGGAGCUUAACCUGUCAAGCCUUAAAGUUCUAAUCUCCGAUCUGGAGUCAACACUCGCAGAGUCGCAGGCACACAAUCCCAAAGAGGCAGCCAACAUCUCCCAGCAAACACUGCUUUCGGAACAUGAAAGCGUCUCUAUGCCUGCUAGUGAUGGAAAGUCUCAAUGUGUGGUUACUUUUAGUGAGACUGUACAGCAGAAAGUCCUAGCUAAGGAUCAUGGGAUAGAGCCAGGGACUAAACAGCAUGAACCGCCACAAUGUGUCACCUCUCUAGUGCAGAAAAUGAGGGUGCCGGAGGCUUUCUGCACUAUCAAUGUUUCAAAGCAACUCUCUGAGAGGACUGCUGUUUUUACAAAUGGCAACAAUCAGCUUGAAGAAAGGAAGAAUGCCUCAGGCAACAAAAAGAAAGCAUCUGAACUCAUGGAAGACUCCUUAAAUGCCUCCUCUCUUAAUCGGUCAUAUGAUGUGGACACACCCUCAGGACUGUGGUCCCAGUCUGGGACCAGAGGAAAGCAGCUGACCCCAGAGCUGGGUGGGCAAGAGGGGGUGUCACGUGCCAAACGUAGACUGCAAAUGAACCAUGUGGAUGAAAACACAUUGGGCCAACCGAGAAAUGAAUUACGAGCUCAGUCCAGAACACCUAAAGCAAUUCAGAGGGCUGUGCAGGAACUAAAGCUGAGGGAUGAGCACGGUGCGCAGGUCAGGGCUCUGGUGGAGGAGCAGUGGCGACAGCAGCAUGAAAUCUUGCAGUCUCUGGCAAUGAAGUACCAUUUUCUACGGAGCGUGUCCUUCCCAUGUCCCAGCUCAGGAUCACGUCUGGAGGACAUGACCACCUCCUGUCUCUCCUCCUCCCCUGUUUCUAUGGGGCUGGGUUCUUCUUCCCAUUUACAUGAGUUCACUCUGUCUGAACUGAGCGCUCUGUCAGAUUCACUGAACAUUUCACAGUCCCGUCUUCCUCUGUGUCAUCGCCCCCUGAUGGCAGCAGCUGUAAAAGGCUACCUGACCCGCAGGCUUCUUCGUACAGAGAGAGUAGCUCAGCUCAUCAGAACCAUUAAGGACACUCAGCUGUUUCUCCAGAGCUUUCAGCCUCCUACACCAGGCAGAGAGUACAACAGCAAACAGGAUCAAGUUCUGCAAGAGAGAGUCACACUACAGUUGCGCUCAGCACGUUUCGAGCUGCACGACCUGUUCUUUAGUGUGUGUCCUGCAGAACGCAUGCAGGUGAUCAGCCGGGACCGCCAGCUGAGUAGAGAAAGAGGGCUCAAACUAAAGGGGAGUACAGAGCUGCAGGGCAGAAGGAAAGGUUCUCUGUCUGCUGCUACCAGGAAAGCCCUGGAGAGGAAAAGGACAUUGUUACAGAAGAAAGCGGCUGAAAGGACAAAGCCAGCAGUGGGUGCAGAGGAAAGAUGGACGUUUGUGCCAAACCCACGCAGAGUUCCAAAGAAGACUACUCCAUUACGGCGCAGGUGAAGAGCUUACACUUCUGCUGCACACACAGACGCCAACACAGCAUGGGGCCUUGCUUGAAUAUCACCAUGUCAUGUUUAAUGACACAAUGCCUUUAUUUAUUUUUUUUUUAAAAGUUAGGUGUCAAAAUUUGGAAAAGUUUCCUAUUUAUUCAUCUCGCCAAGUUUGUGAAAUGUGGGAAAAUAUACUUGCAAAUUGACAGGUAGUUAGUUCAUGUAUUUUUUUUAAAUACUGUCAGCGGUAUGUUGAAUUGCUUCUGAAUUUAUUUUGUAUUUGCAUCCAUCCACUUUCUAAUAAAUGAUUGUGCUAAUUA